GGUCAGCCGAGACGAGAGCAGCAAUGAGUUUUCCAAUAAGAUUUUGGACAUUCGUGGUGAACGUGUUAUGUUUGCCUCUUCACGUCAUCCACGCGGUCGGUUUAUACAGCCUGUAUAAGCGCAUGAUUCCGUUUGUGCUGCAGCGCAUGUCGGUGAAGUACAACGAGAAGAUGCACGAGAGCAAAAAGGAGCUGUUUCGGGAUCUGUCGGGGUUCAAGGGGAACGGCGGCCAGCUGACAAUCCUAGAGAUCGGCUGUGGUACAGGUGCCAAUUUUCAGUUUUACCCGCCGGGCACCAAGGUGGUCUGCACCGACCCGAACCCGCACUUUCAGAAGUAUCUGGCGGAGAACAUGAAGAAGAACGACCGCCUGCGCUAUGAGAGAUUCGUGGUGUCCACAGGGGAGGACAUGUCCUCCGUGGAGGACGAGUCCGUGGAUGUGGUCGUCUGCACCUUGGUGCUCUGCAGCGUCACAGACGUCGCACAAACCCUGAGGGAGAUGCACCGUAUCCUGAGACCUGGYGGAGCCUUCUUCUUCAUAGAGCACGUGGUUGCAGACCCCUCGACGUGGACGUACUUCUUCCAGCAUGUCCUUCAGCCUGCGUGGGACUACUUGGGUGAUGGAUGUAAGAUGACCCGAACAACAUGGAAGUACUUGGAGGAAGCUGGGUUYUCUGACCUCAAACUCCAACACAUUAAUGCGCCACUCUUCUUUGUUAUCAAACCACACAUUUUCGGCCACGCCGUGAAAUAAGAUUUAGUCUGAUGGGAUCUGUAACAAGCUAGAAUCACAAUCAGCGCGUAAAUAUGCCAAGUGUAUAUGAUCACCGGUGUUAGAAGUGAGCUUCUGCUUCAGUCGUGAUCUUAAUUUUUGUAUUGGAACAAAUUGUCUGCAUUUUUGGAAAAAAGAUACUGUUUACCUUUUAAAAAAAGAGCACACAAUACUAAUUUUUAUUCUUCUUUUUGUAUUUCCCUAUUGUGCUUGUUGACAUUUGUAAACCCUAACAUGAGAAAUUGAACCAGUUUUUACAYGUUUAAUUUACAUCCUACUUUUGUUGUGGUGAAUACUUAUACAAACGUUUUGUUCUCCAACUCAUUUCUGACAUUAACCAGGGCUGGAAGUAUAAAAUUAGGAUGCUUCAAWUUCACAUCAAAUAAAUGGUUUUACCCUCUUAUUGCA